UCAAAUUGUUGUCAUAAUUCAUCAAAUGUAGCUGUGGUGAGAGAAGAUUUAUAAAUAUAUACAUCAACCACGGUGAUAACGUUUCGUUUUUAUCUGCCAAUUAUGAAAUGUAUAUGCACGGGAAUGGUAUUGUCAAACCAUGCUUGCGAUUUUUUUGAAAUUUCAAAACAAAUAAUAGGUUUGAGACCCUUAAUAGAUAUCGAUAUUGAUAAAAUAAAUAUGUUUAUUUAGUUUAGUAUCAUUAUUAUUAUUAAAAUGUCAAAAUUACAAUUAACAUUGGCCAUUAUUAAGCCACAUGCCGUUAAAAAUCCUGUCGCACUGUCGUAUAUAAGAAACGUUAUUAAAAAUACAUUUGUUGUUGUUAAAACUAAAAGGAUCGCUUUGGAUAAGGAAACAGCUGGUAACUUUUACAAGGAACAUUUCGAGAAGUUCUUUUAUAACCGCUUAAUAACAUUCAUGAGCAGUGGUUGCGUGGAUCUCCACAUCAUUGGACACACCAAUGCUAUCGAACUAUGGAGGAAAAUGCUCGGUCCAACCAAAGUAUAUAGAGCGCAGUAUCAAGAGCCCCACUGUUUGAGAGGCAUGUUCGGAUUGUCUGAUACUAGGAAUGUCGCUCAUGGUUCCGAUUCAGAAACAUCCGCUGAGAGGGAAAUCAAAUUCUUCUUCCCAGAUUUCUCAUUCUAUAAGUGGCAUACCUCGGAUGAAAUAACUUUCCGGAAAGGACCAAUAAUAUUCAAUCAUCACAUGUUCCAGCACGUCAGGAGGCUGUAACCUGUUAACAUUGAUAGCUUUAAUUCUAAUUUAUAAAAUUAGAAGUCGGUGACCGUCGACACAGUCGUCUAUUUAUAAUAAAUUAUAGACUUUACUAGAACUGA